AUGGCGGGGGGAUGCUUCGGCCUGUGCGGGCUGCUCCGGAGGCAGAGGAAGAACAGGAGAGGCCCUGGAGCUGGCCUAGCACAGGAACCCGAGGAGGAGGUGCAGCACUUCCAGCCACUGCAGCAGGAUCCAGGCCGGGACCGCCCAGCAGAGCAGGACCGCGCCCGUGGCCGCUUCCGCAGGGCAGUUCAGAGGUUGCUGAAAUUCGUGGGAGUUCGGCGCAGAACGGCCACGACUGCACCGCCCGAGCUCGUGGCACAGCCUGAGACCAACGCUGCCGAGCUCGAGGCACAGCCUGUUGUCAGCUCUGCACUGAGUGACUGUGCAGCCAGUGGUGACAUGGCACCCAUGGACUGUGCAGCCAGUGGUGACAUGGAACUGGAUGAUGGCACAGAAACCUCAGACAGGGCACCGAUUGAUGGCACAGCAACCUCGGACAUGGCUGAAAUUGGUGGCACAGAAACCAUCGACAUGGCAGCCACUGAUUCCACAGCCAACUGUGACACGGCACCAACUGGUGACGCAGCCACCUCUGACACGGCACCAGUCGAUGGCACCAACACCUGUGACACGGCACUGAUGGAUGGCACAGAAACUAAUGACACGGCACCGAUGGAUGAUGGCACAGCCACCUCUGACACCGCGCUGGCCGACACAGAGACAAGCUCUGACACCGCUCCCACUGAUGUCAGGGCUGAGGCUGACGCCACGACUGAGGGCAUUGGAAACACUGACUGCACACCCAUGCAGAGUGUGACUGAUGCUCCCAGUCUGGAUCUUUGGGAGCAGAAAGGUGUCUCCAAUCCAAAUGAAGUGCCAGCCAUCGUCAGCUCCAUCCACCAGUGGCUCAGGUGCUGGUUGUCUGCACAGGUCAGGUCGUCCAUUGCCAUCCGCAGGCUGGCCCAGGCACACCCUGGGCAGGUGGUGACGACUCUCCUGCGCUGUGCCCCAGCGUGUGACAGAGCUGCUGCAAUCCUGUGGAGGACCAUCGCCUCCUCGGCCACCACAGUGCAGAAGGUGCUGCCAACGCUGCUCGGGGUAAUGGAGGACAGCGUGUUCAGCUCUGAUGGCAACGACACCGACAUCUGUGCCCUGGCUGCAACCCUGGCACUGUGGCUGAUGGUCCAGGAGCCCCAGUGCCAAGAUGCCCUGUUGGUCCAUGCCCCUCGUCUCCUGGUGGCUCUGCUCUGCCAGCUGUGCAUGAGCACAGAGCAGAUGCCACAGGAGGUCAGCACCUUCUGGAGGGGAUGCCAGGAGCAGCACGGCCUUCCCACCCACCCCAACAGCUUUGUGGUCCAGACCAUCAAGGCCCUGCUCUGCCAGCUGCAGUGGGACCAGGAGCUGGUGUCAGUGGAGCGCAAGCGUGGCUGGGACGCGCUCCUCUUUGCUGACACGCAGCACUACGCAGUGGGGCUGCUGGCCAGGGAGAUGCGCCGCGUGUUGGUCCCCUCCUACGGCCCGCUGGCGAGGCACCUGCUGGGGCUGCUCAGCAGGGAGGGGCCCCGCUGGGAGCUGCCUGCCCUGGCCUUGCUUGUGGAGCUCCUGGACUACCUGGACGUGAGCACCUGCCAUGACAGUGUCCUGCGGAUCCUGGCAAGGCACCUGCAGAGCCAGUGCCCAGAGAGGCGGCGCCUGGCUCUGCGAGAGCUGCUGGUGCUCAGCGUGGAUCCCUCCAUGGCCAAAAGCAUCUGCAGCCUCUCUGAGCACCUCCUGGAGCUGCUGCGUGAUGGAGAUGGAGAGCUGGUCAGGAUGACCCUCUCCAUUUUCCGGAAUGUGCUCCAGGAUGACGAAGACAGGGAGGGAUUCAGCCCCACUGCCCCAAGGCUGGCUGAGGCGCUCCGGCCAGUCUUUGACCACGACAACAGCCACGUGCAGCUGCUCUCCAUUCGCCUCUUCCGAGAGGUGAUGGAGUUGGUGGCGGAAGAGGGAACGUGGCUCUGGGAGAUGCAGGCGUGGCAGAGCCUGGUCCCCCUGUUCUUCCGCUGGCAGGACGAGAACCAGCGCGUGGCAGAGGCCGCUCGGGAAGCGCUGCUCUGGGCUGCAAGGUUCCUGCAGAGGAGGGACCUGGAGCAGCUGGUGAAGACCGAGCAGCACUUUGGGUUCUGCGACUGCCUGAUGGAGAAGGAGCUGAGCCGAAGGGGCGAGCACCUGCGCCAGGCCCUGCCCUUCCUGCAGAGCCCCCAGGAGCCCCUGCGAGAGGCGGCCGUCAGGUUCAUGGGGGUCGCCGGCUGGCACAUGAGGGAGCAGCAGGAAGACCUGUGGCCCAUCCUCAAGGCCCUCGAAGCCAUGAGCGAGGACGACUGCCCCUCCACCUCCAACUUGAGGAAUGCACUCAUGGCCACCUACAGGAGUGCAGUCAGAGCUCCACGUGCUCCGCUGAGGCGACCAAUGUCCCUGCAACCACUCGGGACGACAGCCCAGGGACCACUUCCCAGCGCAGCUGCAGCUCCAGCUGAUGCUGGGCCCAACUGA